UCUACAGCCUGACAAGAAGACGGAUUGGAAGAGCUAUGUUGCUCCCCUUGUCCAUGCAUAUAACAGUACUAGGCAUGAAUCCACCAACCAUUCCCCAUUUUACUUGAUGUUUGGUCGAGAGCCUCGCCUGCCAAUUGAUCUGGCUUUUGGCAUUGAAACCAGCCAGGGACAUGGAUCAGUUUCAUCAUACGGGGAUUCUCUUCGAAAGAAACUUCAAGAGGCUUAUGAGCUAGCAGCCAGAGCAUCAGAGACAGCCAAAGAUAGACAGAAGACUGGUUAUGACUUGAAAGUGCGUGGCGCGAUUGUUCAGACUGGAGACAGAGUGCUAGUAAAGGCGCUUGCCUUUGAUGGAAAACAUAAGUUGGCAGAUCGCUGGGAAGAGGAUCCGUUUGUUGUUCUCUCGCAGCCAAACCAGGAUAUCCCUGUGUUUGUUGUGCAGAGAGAAACGGGAGAGGGGAGGAAGAGGACCCUUCAUCGGAAUCACCUCUUACCUAUAGGAUCAAUUGCCAUUUCUGAGGCACCGGCUACACCAAAGCCAGCACCGGCGCCAAGAUCCAGGACGUCUAUAGGAUCAGUUCCCAUUUCCAACGCACCUGCUACACCAAAGCCAACACCUGCACCAAGAUCCAGGAAACCGACCAAACCAGUCACCGAAUCAUCAGUGGAAUCAGAAGACACUCAGGACAAUGAGUCAGAGGAGGAAGAUCUGUUGAUAAUUCCAGCAGUUCCUGAUGACGAGACUUUCAUCAGUGGGAGUACUGUGGACAAGGAUACAUCUAUCUCACAGACAAGUGGUGACGACCAGGUGUCUGCUGAGACAGAUGGCAAGGUUAACCACGUGAGCAUGUGAUGAAUGGAUGAACACAAGUAUAGCUUUGUAAUCAUAAAUGGGUGAAUGAAAAUAAGCACGAAUGAAUGAAUGAAUGAAUGAGGUCUUAUUUUGCAUUGUUUUAUAUCUUGCUCAGCUACAGCCAAAUUUGUGUUUGAUUACUGUAUCAGUGCUGAGAAUGCUUUUGUAUAUGUUCAUCAUUAGCAUGUCUGUAUAUAUUAUUGUUAUUUUCUCUACAGGCAAACAUUUAAUACAGAUACAGCAGCGUCCCCAGGUGUGAAAUAAACCUAGGCCCACACACCUGGGUUGUCGUUUUCACC